AUGGACAAUCCCUACUGCGUUAAACCCUUGCAUAUCAUCAUUGUGCCAAAUUCACUUCAGCUUUACUGCAGAGGUAACGUCAUGCCAGAAGGAUAUGACAUCAUGAGGUCAGGCUCAAGACGAGGUAACGUUUUAUGCUGCCAGACUCUCGAACUUUACUUUAAGGGACAACAGGACCCACGUCACUUUUCCGAGCAAGAUGCACGGAUAUCGUAUCCGUAUUUUGCAAGUUAA